AUGCCUCGACAGCGGGAUAAUUAUGGUUACGGUGGUAUAUCGUUACAGGCCGGUGGUCGCAUACCGAUUGGCCUUAUUACGGAUCUAAAUUCGGAAUUGCUACGCAACACCUUUGAGAAUGCCACAAAUAUUAUCAAUGCCGAAUUGACAACACAACUGGAAGUGCAGCAUGCCGAAAUAAAUUACGGAAAUUCUAUGCAAGGUGUUGAUCGUCUGUGUCGUAUGAUGCAGGGUGGCAUUGGUGGUGUAUUUGGCCCAUCCGCCUUAUCCACAGGUCUACAUUUGAUGAAUGUAUGCGACAGCAAAGAUGUACCCUACAUUAUGUCACACAUGAGUGAGGCCAAUGAGGGAUUCAAUUUACAUCCACAUCCGGCAGAUAUAGCCCAGGCUCUACAUGCUGUAAUUUCAGCAUUUGAAUGGAGUCGUUAUAUUUUUCUUUAUGAGAAUGCUGGUUAUCUCAGCAUUUUGAAUGCCCUAAUGACCAUUUAUGGCAGCAAUGGCCCCGUUAUAUCCGUUUUACGUUAUGAUUUAAAUUUAAAUGGCAAUUAUAAAUCGGUUUUGAGAAGAGUUCGCAAAUCGGUAGAUAAUCGUUUAGUUGUUGUGGGUUCUUCGGAAUCGGUGGCAGAGGUUUUAAAACAGGCCCAACAAGUUGGUAUCAUGAAUGAAGAUUAUACCUAUAUUAUUGGCAAUUUGGAUUUCCACACCUUCGAUUUGGAGGAAUAUAAAUAUAGUGAUGCCAAUAUUACUGGAUUUCGCAUGUUCUCCGCGGAAAAACCUGAGGUGCAAAAUCUUAUGCGUGAAAUGGGCUAUUUACAAAAAUUGUCCGAUGAUGAACGUUACAAUGAAAUUGAUCGUGUCGAUGCUGCGGAAAUUGAUCCCGAUGAUGUGGAGACACAGAAUCGUAUUCGCCUUCGGGAAAUUGAUAAUGAAAUUAUUAGGAAUGGUUCCUGUCCCAUAACUCUGGAAAUGGCCUUACUUUAUGAUGCGGUCAUUGCUUUUGCUGAGACCACCAAAAAUAUACAAUACGUUCCCCAACCGCUGGAUUGUAAAUUGGAUGCCGAUAAUGUACAGGAGGAUGGGUCUACUUUUAAGAAUUAUAUGAGAUCGUUGGAUUUCGACAAAAAUACCCUAACGGGGCGUAUAUACUUUGAUGGCUUUCGUCGCAAAGGCUACAAACUGGAUGUUAUAGAACUACAGCCAACAGGUCUGGUAAAAAUUGGUGUUUGGGAAGAGAAUAAAAAUUUCACAUUUGAAAGGCCACCACAGCAGAGGCAAACAAUAUUGCUCGAUGACAAUUCUAUGGUUAAUAAAACCUAUGUUGUGCUGAUAUCAGUUCCCAAUCCACCCUAUGCCAGCUUGGUGGAAUCACACAAAAAAUUAAAUGGCAAUAAUAUGUAUCAAGGAUAUGGUGUUGAUUUAAUUAAAGAAUUGGCAGAUAUUUUAGGUUUUAAUUUCACGUUGCGGAAUGGUGGCUCCGAUUAUGGUUCAUUUAAUAAGACGACAAAUACAACAACGGGAAUGUUGAAGCAAAUCAUUGAUGGGGAAGCUGAUUUGGCCAUUACUGAUUUGACAAUCACAUCGGAACGUGAAGAAGUUGUGGACUUUACCAUACCUUUUAUGAAUACAGGCAUUGCAAUUUUAUAUCUAAAGCCACAGAAAAGUGAACCCACCACCUUCUCUUUCAUGGACCCCUUCUCUAAACAAGUUUGGAAAUAUUUAGGCAUUUCAUUUCUCUCCGUGUCCUUGUGUUUCUUUAUAUUGGGUCGCCUCUCGCCCACCGAAUGGGAUAAUCCUUAUCCCUGUAUUGAAGAACCCGAAGAAUUGGAAAAUCAAUUUACCAUCAAUAGUGCCCUGUGGUUUACAACCGGUGCAUUCUUGCAGCAGGGUUCAGAAAUUGCCCCGAAGGCUCUUUCCACCCGUACCGUUGCUGCCAUCUGGUGUUUCUUUACCCUGAUUAUAGUAUCAUCAUACACGGCCAAUUUGGCCGCUUUCUUAACCAUUGAAAAUCCAACAACAGUUUUGGAAAAUGUCAAAGAUUUGGCCGAGAAUAAAGGCGGUGUACAAUAUGGAGCGAAAAAGAAUGGUGCAACAAGAAAUUUCUUUGCGACCUCUUCAGAACCCACUUAUAUGAAAAUGCAUGAGUAUAUGAUGGCUCAUACUGAUCUGCUGACGAUGAGUAAUCAAGAGGGUGUCGACAAAGUGACGGCUAGUGAUGUUAAAAGUGGUACCACGUAUGCUUUUUUAAUGGAAUCCACAUCCAUUGAAUAUCAUACCGUUAGAAAUUGUAAGCUGCAGAAAGUCGGAGAACCAUUGGAUGAAAAAGGCUAUGGCAUUGCAAUGAAGAAAAAUUGGCCAUACCGUGAUAAAUUCAAUAAUGCCCUAUUGGAAUUACAAGAACAGGGUGUAUUGGCUAAACUGAAGAAGAAAUGGUGGAAUGAAAUGGGUGCCAGUGUUUGUACAUCCAAAUCAGAUAGCGGUUCCGCCAAUCCCCUGGCCGUCAAUAAUUUGGAGGGUAUAUAUUAUGUUUUAAUUGUGGGUUCUGGCAUGUCUAUAAUUUAUGGCAUAAUUUGCUGGCUUUUCCAUGUCUGGCGAAUGGCUCGUACCUAUGAUGUCCCCUAUAGUGCUGCCUUCUGGGAAGAAUUAAAGGCUGUCAUUGAUGUUAGGAACAACGAAAGGGUAUUAAAAGGUGCCGCCUCAGUUUAUUCCCGUAGCCGUAAUUCAUCAUUGGAAUCAAUUGAAUCAUUUACCACCGAUUCGGAUGAAGAUGGUAGUGGUAGCAGUUUGAGUGAGGGAGAAGACGGAGAAGGAAGUGGAUAA